AUGUUCAAUAUAAGCUCAGGCGUGACAGUGAGUUAUUACAGCUUUAAAGAAAGUGAAGGAAUAACCAAAAAAAUCUAUGAUCUGCACGUCCAUAGCUCAAUCCGCAUUAUUCGACUCUUUUCUUAUUUCCUAUGCGGCUUUUUUUCAGUGAUGCUGCUUCUAAACAUCAUCAAAAUAUUUUUACCAGAGGAACUCGACUGGACUGAUGCAUGGAAAUUAAUAGACUGGGGUCUUGCAUUAGGAGUUUCAGUUUUGGGAAUUCUGAUGGGGAUAACUGGCCUGAAGGUCUUAAAGGUUGCAUCAAAAGGGACUUCUAAGAAAUACGCAAAUGCAUUGCUAGGAUUCUCGAUUAUAUUUUUGGUUGCUUUACUCUAUUCUUCAGUUAUCAGAUAUGAUGAUUAUAAAGCCCAUUGGGACAGCGUUUAUGGAAACGGGGAGUCUUAUGCAAUUGCUUGGAUCAUUUUAUCGUUCACCAUAAGUGGAUUUGUGCUAGGAUUUUUUUACGUAAAGGCAAUACAUUGGCACCAAGUUCUAGUCCAGUCCUUCAAGAAGCUUCAGGAGGGAGGAGGGUUUGAUCCUAUUAAUGAAAACCAAAAUCUAGAAUCCCAAUAA